AGCGGAGCUGUCCCUUUAAGGGAUGGCCGCAGAGCCGUGAAAGUGGAGGGGGCUGAGGGAGGGCGGGGAAGAAGGUCUGAGGGCGGACCUAGGGGGAGGAGGAGGAAGAGUUGCUGCUGAAAGGAGGUGGCGAAGGAGGAGCCGGAGCAGCUGCUGCCUGCCGGCGGGCACUAGAGUCCUGCCCGCUGUCGCACGAGUAGCCACGGGCGCGAUCGGGGCCAGACGUCUCCUCCUCCAUGAUCACUUUGGGAGCGGGGGGAAGACUUUGCCCGGCCGUGAGAGCGGGUCUGCGUUUCCCUGGCGCGGCGGCAGCGGAGCAGCGGCAGCAGCCGGGUCCGAAUCGGAGCGGCCACAGCCUGGGGCGUGUGCGCCCCGCGCGGAGCGGGCUCGGGUUCCCCACGGAAUGUCCCCGGGGCGCCCCGCGCGCUGACCCCCCAGCCGCCUCCGCCUUUGGCGCCUGCUGCCUCUCUCGGGCGGGCUCGGUGUUCGGGACUGCAAGCUUCCCGGCUCCUGGGCGGUGGGGAAGCCCCCGGGGGCGGGUGACCUCAGCUGGCCACGACCUAGUCCUCUCCCGUGCGUAUCUCGCUUAAGAUGGCAGCGGAGUCAGGGGAACUAAUCGGGGCUUGCGAGUUCAUGAAAGAUCGGUUAUAUUUUGCUACUUUAAGGAAUAGACCAAAAAGCACUGUAAAUACCCACUAUUUCUCCAUCGAUGAGGAGCUGGUCUAUGAAAAUUUUUAUGCAGAUUUUGGACCUCUGAACUUGGCAAUGGUAUACAGAUACUGCUGUAAACUAAACAAGAAACUGAAACCAAAGAAAAUUUUCAAGAAUAUCCCUUUCCUGGGAAAGUUGGAGUCAUACAGUUUAUCAAGAAAGAAAAUAGUGCACUACACCUGUUUUGAUCAACGGAAAAGAGCAAAUGCGGCAUUUUUGAUAGGUGCUUAUGCUGUAAUCUAUUUAAAGAAGACACCAGAAGAAGCCUACAGAGCACUCCUAUCUGGCUCAAACUCCCCCUACCUUCCGUUCAGGGAUGCUUCCUUUGGAAAUUGCACUUACAAUCUCACCAUCCUCGACUGUUUGCAGGGAAUCAGAAAGGGAUUACAACAUGGAUUUUUUGACUUUGAGACAUUUGAUGUGGAUGAAUAUGAACAUUAUGAGCGAGUUGAAAAUGGUGACUUCAACUGGAUUGUUCCAGGAAAAUUUUUAGCAUUUAGUGGACCACAUCCAAAAAGCAAAAUUGAAAAUGGCUAUCCUCUUCACGCCCCUGAAGCCUACUUUCCUUAUUUCAAAAAGCAUAACGUGACGGCAGUCGUGAGGCUGAACAAAAAGAUUUAUGAGGCGAAGCGCUUCACGGACGCGGGCUUCGAGCACUACGACCUCUUCUUCAUAGACGGCAGCACGCCCAGCGACAACAUUGUGCGGAGGUUCCUGAACAUCUGCGAGAACACGGAUGGGGCGAUCGCGGUUCACUGCAAAGCUGGUCUUGGAAGAACAGGGACGUUGAUAGCCUGUUAUGUCAUGAAACAUUACAGGUUUACACAUGCUGAAAUAAUUGCUUGGAUCAGAAUUUGCCGGCCAGGCUCCAUUAUAGGACCCCAGCAGCACUUCCUAGAAGAAAAACAGGCAUCGUUAUGGGUCCAAGGAGACAUUUUCCGAUCCAAGCUGAAAAAUAGACCAUCCAGUGAAGGAAAUAUUAAUAAAAUUCUUUCUAGCUUGGAUGAUAUGUCUAUAGGUGGAAGCUUAUCUAAAAUACAAAAUGUGGACAGAUUUGGAGAGAAUAAUUUAGAAGAGGAUGAGGAUGUGGAAAUGAAAAACAGUAUAACCCAGGGAGACAAACUACGUGCCUUAAAAAGUCAGAGACAGCCACGCUCCUCACCAUCCUGUGCAUUCAGGUUGGAUGAUAUGAAAGGGCACCCAAGAGCAGUGUCCCAGCCUAUCAGAUUGACUUCGUCCCCACAAGGAUCUGCAACUACUUUGAAGACCUCAAAAGUGGCUUUGUCCCCUUCAGCGAUGGCCAAGAGGAUAAACAGAGGUUCUUUGUCCUCGGGUGCUGGUGUAAGAAGCUUUUCCAUAAACUCCCGGCUAGCCAGUUCUCUAGGCAACUUGAAUGCCGCAACACAGGAGCCAGAGAACAAAAAGUCCUCCUCGUCCUCUAAGGCGGGUUUCGUAGCCAGUCCACUCACCAACCUCUUGAACGGCAGCUCCCAGCCGCCUGCCAGAAAUUACCCUGAGCUCAACAACAACCAGUACAGCAGAAGCAACAACAGCAGCGGGAGCACCCUGAGCAGCCAGCCGAGCCCCCACAGCGUCAAGACGGAGGAGCACCCCACCCUCCUCCGGCCCUCGUACACCGGCCUCUCUUCUUCCUCAGCGAGAUUCCUGAGCCGUUCGAUCCCCGUAAGUUCGCAGACACCACCUCCUGGUCCUCAGAACCCUGAGCGCAACUUUUGUGCCUUGCCUUCCCAGCCAAGGCUGCCACCCAAGAAAUUUAACAGCGCCAAGGAAGCCUUCUGAGCGAUGCCUUCCCUCUGUGCUGUGAAACUGUCUAUGCACGUCCAUUCUGCUGGCUCCUCUUCAAGUAAAUGCCAAGUUUCAACUGGGGUUUCUUCCUUCCUUUCUUUUGGUUCUCCUCCUCCCACUCCUUUUUAGGUGAUCUCUCUUCCAAGGGAAACAGCUUUCAUUCCCUUCGUUGUGGACACUGUUGACUCAGGUUACUUUUCAGUUAAGUUUGCAAUUCACUCAGGGUAGCUGGUGCCAAGCCAGGAGCUGAUUCGUUCAAUAGACGGUAUUGGCUUUGGUUGUGGUGGUGGUAGGAAUCAUCGCUUUUCCACAUCAUAUGUUAAUGAAUGAAUUUUGGAGUAUUAAAUGUGGAAGGUGCUGAAUGAAUAGGACCUUUUUCAGAACUAGCCAUUAGGUCCCUGAAUAAGUCACUUCCUGCAGGGGACUGACCCUGCAGAAUUAACAAAAUGGCAAACGGAAGGUGUUGAUAAGGAAGGAUCACAAGUCGGUAUCUGGGAUGUAGGGGAGGGGAAGGCAGAGUAUCAGGAAGAUGUUUAGAAUUAGCCAUCACUCUUCCAGAGACAGGAUGAAAGAUCGCCAAACACAUUCUCCCCAUGAGCUCGGGAUUUAGGUUGCCAAGUACUCCCCCCUCUUUUAACCAGAAAACCCUGUUCGGUCAAAUCUGUUGCUUCACCCCAUGCUGUGAAUCACUUUAGUCACAUAUUUUGAUUGCCUCAAAGGGAAUAGAGAUCAGAUCUAUGAGAAUGUGAGCUUUGAGUUGAGAGAACAAGAACAGAAUGGGAAAGAGAAAUCAAUCUCAGAGAUCAAAGAAAUAUGAAUCGGAAUGAUUCCAGUCCGGGCACAAGGCAGCUCCAGAGUCCUGGGAGGGCUGGGACCCGGACUCCUUCAUGCCCGCUAUUCUUCAAACAUGUCCUCAGCCAUUGUCCAGGGAGAGGCUGAUUUCUGUAGGGGAGCGGGGGGAGGGCAGCGUGCCUUUCUUGGGGAACAGUAGCCCCAUGGGAAUAGUUAAGGAGACCCACUUUUCUUAGAUGGUGGUUUAGGGACCACCUUUCCUAACACAAGGAUGCAGUGCAUGUGUGUGUUGGUUGGACACAUUACAACUCACAUCCCUACCUCAGCCUUGCUUCGGAGGUUUUUCCCGUCUUCUGUGCACACGCGGUCCUUCCUGUCACAUACAGUUGACCCUUGAGCAACACAGGUUUGGACUGCAAGGGUUAACUUAUUCACGGAUUUCUUUCAAUAAAUACAGUACAGUAUGUUUUCUCUUAUGAUUUU